AUCUUGUGACCGUUAUCAUAAUACGAAUACACACAAUAUUUUGAUAUGCAUUACGCUGUUAGAUAAAUUUGGUUUUAUCAAAUUUCAUAAAGAGAAUGGAAUAAAAAUGUAGAAAUAUUACUUUAAUGUGUGUAUGUAUGUUAUUUACAUAAAAUUUGCUGAGAAUAAACAUUUAUUAGAGACAAAUGACUAAUAACGGAUAUGGAGGAUAUCGAACCCCUUAUUAAACCGAUUCGUCAAGAGAUAGUUUAUAAACGAAGGUGGUGGCUUUUAAUAGCUUUUGCUAUAAGUGGUUUUACACAGAACAUUGUUUGGAAUACUUGGGGUCCAAUAGCACAGUCGGCCAAGGAAGUAUUUGGAUGGAGCGAUGGCCAAAUUGGAAUGUUUCCGAAUUUAGGAAAUAUUGCUUUUAUUUUUACUGUGUUCUUGGCUAGCUAUAUCAUGGACGAAAAAGGUUUGAGAAUCUCAGUGGUUAUUUGUGAUGCCCUGGUACUUCUGGCUGCCGGGUUGAGAUGCAUUACAAACAUCCCUAAAUACGCCUCAGGGUUGAUAUAUGUGUCAGCAGUACUGAAUGGAAUAGCUGGGACUGCUUUGUUUGCAGGGCCUUCGCUGUUGGCUUCAAUUUGGUUCCCGCCAAAUCAGAGAGCUACAGCAACUGCCAUUUCCACGUUCAUGGCAUACGCAGGAUUUGCAGUAACCUUCUCAAUCGGUCCACAGCUAGUGUCGGCUCCAAAAUACAAAACAAUAGUAGCACAAGAUAUAAGCAUGUUUAGUGGACACUCUUUUAAUGUUGUUAAUGGAACAACCACACCUGCAUCAAAUAUAUCUCAUAAUCAUACAGUGCUGUUAAAUUUAGAGCAAUUGAAAGACGACAUCAUGCGAUUAAUGUAUUAUGAAUGUGGUUUAGCAGCUUUAGUAUUUAUUGCCGUCCUUAUAUAUUUUCCUGAUAAGCCUCCAUCGGCACCAAGUUACACAGCAUCAGUCAAAAGAGUUGACUAUCUAAAUGCAUUUUGUAAAUUAUUGACCAAUGGCCCUUUGUGGUUGAUCUCAUUGGCUUGUGCAAUACCAACGGGUGUGUACGGAGCAUGGGGCGCUGUACUGGAUUUAAUACUCAACCCUGUAGGAAUAUCUCAGAUGGAAGCCGGUUGGGUAGGAUUUUACGCCACAAUAGCAGGUGGUGUAUCUUGUGUUUUUGUAGCCAGGUUUUCCGAUAUAUUUAUGAAACAUAUGAAGUUGUUUCUGAUGUGUUUAUUUUUGUGCGGAGGAGGUGCAAUUGUAUGGUUUACUCUUAUAUGUACCAAAGUUUUAGCGUUCUUUACUGUACAGUUAUACACCUCUAGUAUUCUAGCAGGAAUGUUUGUAAAUGGUGGAAUUGCGUUAUUUUAUGAACUAUGUGCUGAAACGUCAUAUCCGGUCGCAGAAGGUGUAACUGGAGCUUUUCUGACGAUUUUAAACAGCACUAGUGGUACUGUACUACUUUUUGUUCUACAGAUACCUGGAAUAGGGACAUCAUGGGUCAAUUGGGCAGUGGUAGGAAGUAUAGGUGCUGGACUUUUGUGUUUAAUAAUCUUCCCUGAACGAUACGGAAGAACAGAUCUGGAUAUAGCCAUUCGGAGUUACACUGAUAUGGUUAUAGAUGUACCAGGUCUUACUGUUGACAAUCCUACUACAAACCAAGCUGAUGGUAGCCAUUGUGAAUGAACUCGGUUUUCAUCUGUCGUUUAAUCGAUUUUGCUCUUUAAUAAUUGCCUAGACAGUUACAAAUACAGUAAAGUCAACUGUCUAGCCCAGUUUUGCCAACCGAUUAUGCCAGUCUUGCAAUACAAUUGAAGAUAAGAAACAUUUUAUUUUGUAUUGCAGGAAACACUACUCUAUAACGCAGUCAUUAGAACUCCGGGUAGGGAAGUCGUGAUUGCAUUAUAAACUUUAUUGUUAAAUAUUAUUGUAAGUUUGUUUAUUUAUGAAAUGAAUGCAUUCUUUUUAUUAUUUUAAACAAUAAGCAUAUUUUCAGUUA